AUGUCUUCCACGGUGUAUCAGAGCCAGCUAACGCUGUCGCGGCCCUAUUUGACCAAGGAACAAAUCAGACAAGCACAAAAGAAAACUAUCACGGACCGUCGAACAUACAACCAAAAGCGCAUUUCGGUAUUCAAGUUCCUGUGUGACCUAUGUGUACAGCUCAAGUUUCCCAGAAAGACGUUGGAAGUAGCAAUGUACUAUUACCAACGAUACUACGUCUUCAAUAAGUUCGAGACAGAGAUGUGCUACGACGUUGCCACAAGCUGCCUAUUCAUCAGCUGCAAGCAGGUCGAGACAGUGAAGAAGGUUGCAGAUGUUUGUAGCGCUUCGCUAAAGUUACGCAACUCCCUGAAGUUGAGCAUGGAAAAACUAGAAAGCUACAAGACAAGGAUAAUACAGAUGGAGCUACGGAUCCUUGAGACUUGUGCAUUUGAUCACAGGAUCAACAAUACCGUCCAUGUGGACGAAUACAUCGUCAAAAUUGGCCGGGAGCUCUCGCUAGACCACACGGUCUGCCACCUGGCCUGGCUGAUAGCCUUUGACGUGAUCAAGCUGGAGAUAAUAUUGAUCGUUCCCCAGCAUACCAUAGCGCUAGCAGUACUAAAAAUUGCAUGUGAACUGCUGCAGACCGAUCAGUGGCCGAACAUCCGGUACAACCUGUUUGAGAGCGACGAAGAUUCCGUUAACGAGGCCUAUAACUACGUGCUCAAUUUCUUCAUCAACGUGUUUGACAUAUGUGAUCUGAAAAACAGUCUGCCGCAGGGGCUACCAACUAUUAGCAUCGAGGAGUUCAUGAAGCUGAAAGCCAAGUCUGGAGAGGGCAAGGGGCUGAAGGAAAGCUUGCCAUCCAUAGAAAAGGAUAAGUACCUCUCAGAAGAGCGUGAUUAUAAAAUUAGAGAGAGGCGUUAUGUCCUUAACAGGAAAAGAGUAGCAGAGGAGGCUAUGCCUGCCGGUCCUAGUGGGGCAAAGCGGACGAAGUGA